AGGCUUUAGUGACCGAUAAAACAAGUAUAUUUUAAAAUAUAUAAAAAGUAUCCUCCUUAAAUUUUGUAGUCGGUUAAAAGGUGAAGCGAUACAUAAUGUUUAAAAUCAUGCUGAGAAUAUCAGCAGUUAUCUGCGCUAUACUGGUUGCAAGUCAGGGUCUAUCUGAGCCGUCAUACGUGCCGCAAGUGUCGCCAUCUGGCGAGCCCUCGUGUGCUCGCGGGCGCACUUACUGCGAGAAGAUUGCGGACUACCCUCGGGAUACUAUCCUUCAAUUGGUAAAGGCCGCCUCUAAUGAAAUGGGUAUAUUUUUGUCAGACAAACACUUGGUCCUUGACCAUGAACCUCAUAAACACCUUAAUUUCAAGCGCACAAAUACGUCCUCAACUCUGAAAAUGAGGGAUGAACAGCUGUGCGAAGCUGUGAUCAGGAUCAUAAAGCCUCUGGUGGCUCGCAACGAGAGGAACGAGUGGCGAUACAUAGUCAAUGUUCAACACAACGAGCAAAUCCUGGAGAUUGAGUAUUGCAAGCACAUAGAAAACAAAUGCAAAAUGGAGUUUAGAAACGACAUCCACUCCCGUUGUGAACAAAAGAUGAUGACCAAACGUCUCCUCGCUCUGGAUCCUUCUGGAAGAAAGUUGAUUUGGCACGACACCAUGCUGCCUUCAUGCUGUCAGUGCGUCUUGUACGAUGUACCCCGUAAACAUUAGAAAUUUGAAAAUAAUUCUGAUUUUUAUAAGAGAUGUGUCAUCAUAUUUUACAAGUUUUUACAUAAUAAAUUUAUUAUUAUUUACUUACUUAUGUAUGUGUGUACCUACUCGUAUUAAUUUUUACACAAUUUUCUAAUAAAAAAGAAGUACUUACUAUAAAAUAAAUAUUUGUGAGUUUUUCUUUUACAUUACACUAAAAAAACAGUUUAGAGCUUUUUUUAAAUACCAAUAAAUGUAAUUUAAAAUACCUAUUUAAGGUAAAAAUUAAAGGAGGAAUGAAAAAAUGAAAGGUCCUAAGUCAGGGUUACAAAACCACUGAUCUUUCUAUAAUAUAUUGACGCUAUGUUAUUUUAUAGACAUCAUACUGACAUUAAUAUCAUUGGGUUAUUGAG